AUGGUUCCCAACCCCUCAUACAUUCCCCCGAAGCGGGUUGCUAUCAUAGGUGGUGGGAUUUCUGGUAUUUCCUGUCUAUGGGGCUUGCGCGAAGAAGAAUCCACCGAGGUUUACCUCUACGAGGCUGAUAAUCGACUUGGUGGGCAUGCAAACUCGGUUGGAGUAAAGAGUGAAGAUGGCAAAGUUCACUCUGUGGACACCGGUUUCGUGACGAUGAGUGAACAAAUGUACCCAAAGUUCAAUGCCUUCCUUAACGCCCUCAACGUUCCAACGAUGGAGACCGAUAUGUCAUUUGGAGUUAUGGAAGACGAUAGGUCUGUAGAAUGGGGUAGCUGCUCUUUCGAAGGCUUCUACGGCAGCUUGUCGCGCCUAUUCUCGCUAUGGUUUUGGAGACUGGUGUUCGACAUCAUCAGAUUCAACUUCUUUGCCACGGACAUUUUGUCUGAGAAGGUGUCGGAGGAGUUGAAGCUCGCUAGUGGAAACGAAAAGCUGAGCUCGAAGAAGCUAAAACUAGAAUCAAUUGGCGAGUAUUUGGACCGGAAAAAUUAUUCUCGCCAAUUCAAACAAUAUUACCUUCUUCCUAUGAUUGCUGCCCCAUGGUGUAUGUCGCUUUCAGACGUGGCGAAUGGGUUUCCUGCAGAGACGUUGGUAUAUUUUAUGUAUAUACACCGCAUGCUGGACACAAUGACUGAGACGCUCUGCUGGAGAGCGUUCAAGAACGGUUCCAGGACCUAUGUCGAGAAGUUCGUGGAAACAACACCGGAGAACCAUCAUUACCAUCUGAAUACCCCUAUACAAAGAAUAAUACGCAACCAAGGGGACGAUCAAGCCUCUCUCGUCUUCAAAGACGGCUCGGUCGAUUCUUUCGACCAUGUUGUUCUAGCAGUACAUGCCCAUCAAGCCUUGGACCUUUUGGGUGAGCAGUCCACGUCACUCGAAAAAGACGUCCUCGGUGCAUUCAGAACGAGCAGAAACGAGUGUGUGAUGCAUUCUGACCUUACAUUUCUUCCCCAAAAUCCCAAAGCUCAUGCAUCCUGGAUUUGCCACAUGCGUAGCAACCGCACUUCCGACAAAGACAUGUCGGCCGGAAAACUGAGUGAAACGAAGCCUCUUUUAGAAACUUCCGACUCCAAAGACAGCACUACUGCUACGGAGACUGACGGGCCAGUAUCUGUUCUAUUCGACAUGAACCGACUACAGGAAAUUCCUGGUCCGGGGUCGCCUGGCAGCCCUGGGCGCAUCCUGAUCAGCAUGAACCCGAUUCGUACACCACAGUCGAUUCGCACUCAGCAUCUGUACUAUCACCCCAUCCUUGACUCACCAAGUAUCCAGGCAUCCCGUAGUUUGAAUGAACUCAACAGGGCUUCUCCAAAUGUCAGCUUUGCAGGUGCUUGGAUGGGGUAUGGGUUCCACGAAGAUGGUUUCGCGGCUGGUUUAGAGGUGUCUCAUAAGCUCCGUACAGGAGAGUAUGAGAAUCAGUCAAGUGUUCGCUACGGCGCAGACCUGGCGGCGUGGGUACCCAAGCUGUCGACGAGAAAUUUGAUGGUACGUAGUGUGAUAGGAGCUGUGCAGUUGGUGAUAGAUUUGAAGAAGCUGUUGAUAUGA